CAACUAUUUAAGUUCCUCAAUAUAACAACAGAAAACAAAAACCAUUUGUAUUGAAGAAUAGAUAGUUAGCAAAAAUGGCUUUGGCACGUUUGGCUAUGAAGAAGGUUGAAGAAAGGGUGGCUAAUUGUUCAUCAUCACGGAGGUUUGGGAAUGAGUUAUUAAGAAGGUUUGCAAGUGAGAAAUCUGAAGGGAAUGAGAUAGCUGUGUCAUCAUCUGGUGGGAGAAGGUCCAGGCUGUUCCCUAGGAGGAGGAGCAGGAGAUCAUGGCCUUGGAGAAGGAAUGAAACUAAUGAUUUAACUGAUUUCACCACCCCUCAACUUUAUGAAUUCUUCCCUUCAGGGCUUGGAAAUGCAUUGAUGCAAGCAAGUGAGAACAUCAACAGGCUAUUUGACAACAUGAACUUGACACCAUGGUCCUUGACCGGCCGAGUUAGGGAGCGCGACGACCACUACAAGCUGCGAUACGACAUGCCCGGAGUUGCGAAGGAGGAUGUGAAGAUCACCAUUGAUGAUGGUGUGCUAAAGAUAAAGGGUGAACACAAGGAAGAAAAAGAAGAAGAGGAUGAUGAUGAGUAUUGGUCUUCAAGUAGCUAUGGCUACUAUGAUACCAAUUUGGUUUUGCCUGAUGAUGCUAAAGCUGAUGAGAUUAAGGCAGAGUUGAAGGAUGGUGUCUUAACUAUUACUAUUCCUAGGACUCAGCAGCAAAAAAAGGAUGUUAAGCAAAUUAGUGUCCAUUGAAGGAGACAUGUUUCAUGUACUCUGAUUUAGUGGUUGGAGUAUGUUAACAUGAUGUUAGACAAAUAUUAUAAAUAAAUAUGUCCUUUUUCUAUGUAAUUUGAUCAUGGAUUUGUGAUGGUGUGAGGCUUAUGACACUAAUAACGUGUUUAGGGUGUGGGUUUGGACUUUAAAGAGA